AUGUUCUCCCGGGCUUCGACCAAGGCCGUCUCGGCUGUGUCCAGACUUGCUGCUGGCCGGACUGCUGUUGCUGUGCAGGCUAGGACUUUUAUUGCUCCUACUGUUGCGAGGAGAGCCGACUUCGUCCAGGAGCUCUACCUCAAGGAGCUCAAGGCCUACAAGCCCACCCCCGUCAAGGACUCGGACGCCGUCGGCCAGGUCGCCACCUUCAACCUCCCCAAGACGCCCAAGUCGCCCGAGGAGGCCGACCUCGCCUCCAGCCUCAAGGAGUACGAGAGCAUGGCUGUCGAGGUCGAGGGCUCCGAGGUUGAUGCCAGCGGUGGUCAGACCACGGCUGUUGUGGAGGACUGGCUUGUUGAGGAGGAGGAGGAUGAUGGUGCUCACCACUAG